UCUGUCGUGGCUCAAAACCUCAAAACUUCAUUAAGAAUUGCAAGUCAAAAAGAAUAUUUUUCAAUGUUGUUUCAUUAACUAAAAUCAUUCAGUGUGACUAACGUACAGCAACUGAGGCUAUUAAAAUGUUUUUACAGCACUGUAGGUGUAAAUGUACAUUAGGAACAUUAAAUCCAUACUGUUUGCUUUAGUCUUUUUUUAUUUAUUUUAUGUUUUGUAUUGAUGGUUUUUCACUACUUGAAAAUUGUCUAAAUUUGAAACAGAUCUCAGGACUGUAUCCACCACUGCCAAACUGGAAGACUAAGUCUCUGAUCUCAAAGCCAGAAACUGAUUGAUGACCUGGAGAAGAAGCUCGCUCAGGAGGAACACAGACUACAACCCAUCGAAUCAUUUACAGGCGUGUGAGGUGGGAGAAGAACCCUCAGCCAGUACUUCUGCACCUUCAGCUACAAACAAGGACAAUGAAAAGCUUAGAAGAAAGGAAGCGCAGGACCGAGUUCUUCUGGGUUGGGCAAUGAAACAAUGGGAUGGGAGUGAGAAAGAGUUAAACAAGGUUCUUAAGAACAUCUCAAUUAAAAACGUGGUAGAACACAGUGAGUACCCUUUUCUUGUAGCUGAAAAUGUCAUGGUGUACAACAAAUCACUAACUCAAGAACAAAAAAACCUCAUCACGUACAAGAGGGUACAAAUUGACGAACGCAAAAUCCUGGUCCUCACUGAUAAGAAGAGAAACUCGGUAAAUAUGACGAAUCUGCUUCAUUAUCAGAUGUUUGUGAGCAACAUUCACACAACAUUCCUGUUAAGUUCUGAAGAACCUAAAGAGCAGCACAUCAAGUAUAACGAGACUCUGGUUCCUACCAGUCUGUGUCUGAGGUGCAUUUCAGAGGUUUUCCUCCCCGCUCUGGCCGGAAAAGAGAAGUUUUUACAUCUGAAAACAAACGAGUAAUAAUAAACCUCAGUGAUCUUAGUUAAUCUCAGUGCACGUGGAACAUCAUUCUGUCCACUCAUUUAUGUUUUAUAGAAUAAAAGUUCAUUUUCUGAUUGUGACCUGCAGCAAAUGUACUAUCUUCAAAAUGCUUUGCUGAAUUUUACUUUUAGUGAAGAUGUUCUCUACAUUACUGUUUAUCACCUAUGUAACAUGAUUUAUGUGCAAAAAUGAUAAAUGUGAUAUUUUCUUUUGUCUUCUUACAAUAAAGUAAAAACACACCGCU